AUGCGUGCUAUGCUAUUAUCGGUGGCACGGCAUCCUCAGCAUGCAGCAAAAGCAGCAAGUGCUCGCAUGCAGCAAUAUAGCGCAUCAAUUUAUUAUGCUCGAUGCGGCACAGUGCGCACAAUGAGACGCAUAACGAUUGAAGUUGAUGAUCAAAUUACAAAGCCACUUAAUUUAGCUAACUCAGCUGUUUUACGUGCCGUUGAAGAAGAAGAAGAAAUGAAGUGUGAACGUACCGCAGUGAGACCUUGUAGUCGUCCAAGUCGCUCAAGGCAGCGUUACGAACAUCAACAGCCACAUACACCGUUACAUCAACAACAGCUGGAACAAAUCAAAACGCAAUAUUUGAGCCAUCAACACGACAUUACCAUCGACCGAGAUACAGUUUUAAAGAUAAAUCGCCUCACAACACGAAAGAAUUUGCAUAAACGCGACCACAGCUGGCCACCACCAACUGUGGAAUCAAAGGAAAAUUACGCUGAUCUAACAACAACAAAAACAACAAAUGGAACAGAUGGAACAGAGGGAACAACAGGAGCAGCAAAAUACAAAGCACGCAGUUCAUCAAAUGAUAAUGUGGUAUACUUCGAUGAUAGUGUUUGUAAGCGACACGGUAUCGAUGAGCUACGUGCGAAAUUCAAUAGUCCCACAAGGAUAAUUGAACCCACAGCAAAGGAAGUGCAGCAACAUAGGAAAAUGGCUAAACUGAAACAAGAGCGAAAGGAGAUACAAACAAAAGCACAUACAGAACAUUUACAGAAAAAUGUGACAAAUAAAUCGAUGCUUGUAAAUACCCACAGGAGUGAAAAGUUGACAAAUGUUAGCAAUAACAAGGAUAAUACAUCAUUGACAAAAAUGGCCGAAACACGCAAAGAUGCAGUUGAAUUGCCAACAAAAGCACAGACUGACAUAUUUAGUGAGGAGCAAAAAGGGAAAGAGGCUAGGGAUGAUGCCGUUAUUAUUGAAGUUGUUGAUGAUGUUGGCAAUGUCACUGAUGCUGCUUAUACCAACGGCAACACACCGACUAUCAGAGGUUUUUCUGCACCUGAAACAAAAGCAGCAGAUGAAUAUAUUGGCUUGGUCGAACCGAAACGUAAAUAUUAUGAACAAUUGGCAAAGGACACAAAAAAGUGGCACAGCUAUGAUAAUAUUGCAAAUAAAUUAGAAUUGAGUCAAACAGCGGAAAAAAUUGCGUCCAGCAAAGCUAUGCAAAAACACCACAACAGGCAAUCAUAUUCGCUGGAACGAGGACGUGCAAAAAUGCGACGUCAACAAUUGCCACCGCUAAAGCCACGAACAAGCAGUGGCGGUGUUGGCGCGACUGAUAAUUUGGUAAGUUUGACAGCAUCAUGUUGUAAUUUAUCAAAGUCACCGAAAUUGCAAAGACGCAGUAUAAAAUUGGCAACCGAAAUUAAAAUAUGCUACGACGAUGAUGCUGAAAAAGUAGCUUCCAAAAACAAUAAGAGUGCAACUAUUAUUAGUAAAAACAAACCCUUACCGGAGUCAAUCAAAUCGCAGCAAUCAAACUUAAUUACAACUGCAGCGGAUCUAGAGCAUAUACCCCUACCACCAACACCAUUAGAGAAGAAUAAAAAUUUAUGCGAUAUAGAACCAGUCCAUGACAAUGAGCAAACCCUAUCUAAUCACCCUCGCAUUAGUGAGAGGUAUCUGCAACAGCAACAGCAACAAAAUAAUCAUAUGUUGCAGUAUAAUAAAAAUGUCAAUUUGGCGCAAAAACACAUGCCACAAACGCAUAUUAUACCCGUGACACUGGAACGAUAUCAGGAGCGUCAACAUGCAGAAAAGUAUGAUAUUAGCGAAAAUAUUUAUGAUAAUGUGAAGAAAAUCUCAAGUGACUUCAAGCAGCAGAAGGAAGCCGCACUGAACACAUUAAGCGCUCAGCAAAUUUAUGACGAUGCUUGCAUAUAUUUGCGUUCAAUUGAUUUGCAAGAGAAUACAGUCGCUUAUAUACCAGCAGCCAUUACUAUUGUACCCUCUCCAACUGAGGAAGUACUGGAGCAUUGGACGGAAGCUAAGAACUUAAGGGCCAAUAUACAAAAGGCAGAUCAUAUACAGCCAUUACCACCGGUGACAAUCACACCACCAACAACACCACCACCGCCACCACCCCCGCCAGUGCCACCGCCACCACCAACACGCGCAACUAAUGAAAAUUUAAUACAAAUGGCGACAAAAGACGCUUCAACAACUCAGCACAACAAACAAGAAGUAAUGUUGCAAGUCGGUAAUCCCACAGAAAAUGAUAACAUAUCGUCGGACUUAACGGAAAUACCAACAUAUACAAUACAUUUACCAGCUGCACACAGCAGUGGUGGAACACAACAUCAAGACAGUGUCACUAAACUUAAAUCUAAUCCAAAUUCAACUCAAAGCACAACACAAGCUUUAAAUUUAAAAACUCCAUUGGGGCAUGUUAAUAAUGCAGCAAAAACAACAACAACAAAAGCAAGAGCAACAACAAUACCAAAUACAAACAAAUCCUUGACAAACCCAUCUAAUGCCGAGCAACAAAUGCGUCGUCAAGGCAUUUAUUAUACUGAUGGGGAAGAUGUUUAUGGACCAUUUAAGAGCACAGAGUUAUAUGACAGCAAUACACAAAUGCAUGCGAUAUCACACAGAAACCAGAAACCGAAAAAAAUGCAAAGCUUAGGUAGUGAAAAUGUUGGUACCGUUAACGUUGCUAUUGCCACUGCUGAUGAUAGUGGUACUGAUGCUGAUGCUGAUGCUGAAAUUAAAAAUGAAAUCGAUGCUAUUAAAUGUAAACGAGAUCGAAAAUUGGGACAAACACGUGUAGGUGUAGGCAUACAGGGAAGAAAUUUAGACCAACAAGCAACUGAGAAUAAAAUUGAAAUUGCUUUGCUGGAAGCAAAAUAUGGCCAAAUACAGCAAUCCAUAACGGAACACCUCAAGCAAAUCGAUACAUAUAUGGCAAACGCUAAAAUGGCUUUAAAUCGUACCCUACUGUCAGAGCAAGAAGCAAUCCCAUACAUUGCCUGGCAUGAUGUUGUUGGUGCAAAAUCGAAGGAGCCGCCUAAUGCUAUGGCUGCAAUUCAAACAAGAGAGGUGGAAACACCACUACAGUUUGUGUUAAAACAAAUGCACUGCCAUCAAGCAAAGGCAGCCAAGCCAAAUGAACAUAAUGGGGAAGAAUGUUCAAAUGUAAAAACUGCUGAAGAGCUUAACGAUACCACCAUCCAUGCACAGGAGGUAGAAGUGAUUAAACCUGUGGAGAAUAUGCCAAUUGUGGAAGAAGCACUGCAUGAUUUGGCCAAUAUAGCUGAAAGCAUAUUAGCCUGUGAACAUAAACUAAGAAAGCAAGCCGCAACGAUUGAAAACAGCAAUUUGAGCGCAAUAUUGAAUAAAGAUUCAGAGGCAGUUCAGUACAAAAUUCCGAUUAAUAGACAUUUAACUGCGGAAAUAGAUGAAGAGAAAGCAACGGAUUUAAAGCUUACUACAUCCUUGUUAACAUCAAUACCAGUAACAACAACGACGUCUGGUAUUAAAAUGGAAAAUGGUUAUAAAGGAAUAAAUAAGCAAAAUCAAAAUAGUAACAGCAGUGCUGAUAUCAGCAGUCAAGCACUAACUUCGAAACAACACCUCGAGCAUGUUGCAGAUGUUGUGGCAAGCUAUGAGCAAUUAUCGGCCACAGAUAAUACCACUGAGUCUACACCAGAACAUGCAAAAUUAUUUCAAAUCAAUAUUGAUGCCAAUAUUGGCAGCCAAACGCCCACACCUACCACAAGUGCAACAACAACAUCAAGUAAGACACUACCAAGAGCAAUGCAACAUGCAGCACAAGUUGUAGAACAACAGCAGGUAAUUGACACAAACCAAGUAAAAGGCAAUCAUACGCUUGCAGUAACAACAUUAGCAGCAAAUUUAAAUCAACAACAAGUCGAACAUCAACUCCAAUCAGCAACGAACAACGAAAAGGAUGUGGCAAUUCUACCGCGACAGCUUUCGUGCACUUCAUCCACAACGUCAAGUGAUACCAACGAAAGCAAAAUGCCAACAAUAAAAUUAAAAGAAAUAAACAAGAAGGAAAUUUUUAAGCAACAGGAAAAAAAUAUACGAGAACGAGCUAAUAUGGUCAAUGCUAGUGUAUAUGAUAAUGACAUCACUGUCAGUACCACUACUGGCACCAACAAUAAUGCCAGAAAGUUCAAAGCUACACUCAGUGAUCAAUGUCCUGCACAUCAAAAAUCAACUGCGAAAGCCACUGAUAAUUACGACACGUAUAAAGCUACCUAUGAAAUUAAACAGACUCCCUACACGUCACGUCAGUUCUCGUUGGAGCAAGAGCACGCAUUGCCAAAAAAAGUCAGUGACACACUGAAAACGGAAGUGCAAAUUGCACACGAGACAGUAUCAAAGGGUAUGCGAGUAGCAAAUUGUCAAGUGCAAAAGGUGCAAAAAACGGAAAGUGUUAAAUCCAGUAAAGUGACGCAGGAACCACAAUUGGUGGAGCAUUAUGAACAGUGCUUCGAAGGUGAAGUGCUCGAAAGUGCACGCGCUGCUACACCAAAUCUGUCAUUUCGCAAAUAUCCUGCACCAUUGAUAGAACCAAACGUGCCACCACGUGCAGCUUCACCAUUCGGUCUGAAUGCUUUGGAAGCGACACGUUCCCGUACACGAACGCCAUCGCCCAUACCACCAUUCUCUCUAGAAGCCAAAUACACAUAUGUGCCGCAGGUGGAAGGUCACAAUAUUGGUUUAUUAGUACACACCGCGAUGCCGCCAAUGUCGUCAACCAAGGAACCACAAACAAGCAAGCGUGAGCAUUGCAGCACUAGAAGCAGCCAGAGUUUAGCUUCUACGUGCGCAGGUAGUACAUUGCUAACUGGUGUUGCCGCUGAUAAUGACUAUACCAACGUUGACGCUGAUAUUGAUGUUGGUGUUGAUGGCGAUGACGAUGGUAACGUUGAAGGUGGCGGUGACGGUGACGAUGACAGUGACGGUGACUAUAACGUUGCUACUGAUGUUGCUGUUAAUGUUGAUGACUUUGUUGAAUUGCAACGCAUUAAUGCAAUUGUUGCUACUGACAAGGGCAAGUAUAAUACCAAACAGACCACUUCAAAUGCAGCUACUGCUUUAACUAGUACAUUAUCUUACUCACAAUCAACAGCACCAACCACAAAUAGUAUACGUGCUUCCAAUUUGAAAUCAAUAAAAGAGGCUACUGAUGACAAUCGCAGCUACAAGCAACCUCCAACAUAUGAAUUUAUAAUACAACAACAACAGCAACAUUACAGGCAAUCGCCACAAAAGAACUUGUUGUCGACUACUAAUGUCACUGCGGACAGUUCCAAUGUUGGGGCCCAUAAGUCUGUCAAGGGUUUUGAAGUGACACCGAAUACUACAACACCGAUGCAAGAACAGCAGCAACAACAACGGCAUCAAUAUUGUACAACAUCAAGCGAAAGUACAAUAAUUAAUCGUACGUUCGAUAAUGUAUCACCACGUCCAUAUAUCACAAUUGAAGGUAUGAUAUAUGUGUUAUGA